AUGGCAGACGUCUUAGGUCUCUACAAGAUUCCACAGCUGCGCUCAUGCCUGCAGAGGAUCUCAUUCAACAACAGUGCUGGGGAUGAAAUUACAUUCAAUGAACAUGGAGAAUUAGCAGGUGGAUUUGAUAUUACAAACCUGGUCACUUUCCCAAAUAAUUCCUAUGUCAGGGUUAAAGUAGGAAAGCUGGAUCCUCAGGCCCCUCCUGGAAAAGAGCUCACCAUAAAUGGGGACAGAAUCCAAUGGCACAGAGUCUUCACUCAGGUGCCACCCCUUUCCUUAUGUAAUGCCAACUGCCUUCCUGGUUAUGAGAAGAAAAAGAAGGAGGGCAAGAAGUUUUGUUGUUAUGAUUGUGAUCCAUGUCCUCGUGGGAUGUUCUCAAAUGAGAAGGCUAUGGUACUUGGCAUUUUCAUUAAGCACCGGAACACUGCCAUUGUCAAAGCCAAUAACAGAAGCCUCACUUACAUUCUCCUCAUCUCCCUCCUCUUGUGUUUCCUUUGCUCUUUGAUGUUCAUUGGAAUGCCUAAUAAGGCAACCUGCCCACUUCGACAAACUGCUUUUGGCAUGGUCUUCUCUGUGGCCCUCUCCAGCAUCUUGGCCAAGACUAUUUCAGUGGUUUUGGCAUUCAUGGCUACAAAGCCAGGGUCCAGGAUCAGGAGAUGGGUAGGCAAAAAACUGGCUUAUUCCAUUGUCCUUUCCUGCUCUGUGAUUCAAGUAGGAAUCUGUGUCUUCUGGCUGGCAACCUCUCCCCCAUUCCCAGAUGUGGACAUGCACUCAAUGAGUGAAGAAAUUAUAUUACUAUGUAAUGAAGGGUCAGUUCUCAUGUUCUAUUGUGUUUUAGGGUACAUGGGCUUCCUGGCCAUUAUCAGCUUCACUGUGGCCUUCUUAGCCAGGAAGUUGCCAGACAACUUCAACGAAGCCAAGUUCAUCACCUUCAGCAUGCUGGUCUUCUGCAGUGUUUGGUUCUCCUUUAUUCCCACAUACUUGAGCACCAAAGGGAAAUACAUGGUGGCUGUGGAGAUCUUCUCCAUCUUGGCUUCCAGUGCUGGGCUCCUGGCUUGCAUCUUUUCCCCUAAAUGCUACAUUAUUGUGGUGAGACCUGAGCUGAAUAACAGAGAGCAGCUGAUAUGGAGAAAGAUGUAA